GGGGCGGACAUGGUCAUGGCAGUCCCUAUGGAACUUACGCCGCUACCAAUGUAAUAUCACGUCACUACCGACGUGGAUUGAAGUUAAAAGUAAAGUCAAAUAACGCGCUCUGUCACAUUUAGUUCAGCAACGUAUCACAGUAAGCGCUGAUAGCAGGAAGGCAAUCGGGGAAGAAAACAUUGCGUCAAUUUGACACCGACGGUGGCCAGGCCAUUGCCGCGAGGUUAUUGCAAGAAUAAUAUUAGUCGCCAGUGGCAUCGUGCGUUCUAAUUGAACCACAAAAGGCAAGACUAUCACUUUUCAAUGUGAAUAUGUGGUGUGCUGCGAGAGCUGGGACGCGCAUUGCUCGAAGUUAUGUGAUCCGGAGGUGUCUCAUCCCGGGAAGUCACGGAAGUGUUCUUCAUCUUGCACCUCUUCAAAACCGAGAAUCCAGUAGUAGGGCCACUAAACCGAAAAGAGGUCCAUACCAAAAUUUUGGCCAUCGACCGGUCCCAGAAACCAAGUUCAAGUCCAUAUUAUAUAUCUUUUUGGCUGUUACGCUAGUGGGAUGCUGUCUGAACUGGGAAGCAUUGAAGGAAGGGUUGUUUCCAAGAGUUGAUGCUGCAACGCAGGUUGCUGAAAAUCAUGUUGAAGUUGCCACCUCCGAUUCAGAUGAUGGUGGAGAAUCGGAUGCUGAUGAUACCAAAAAGAAAAAGAAGAAAGAAAAAGAAAAAAUUGGAUUUCGAGAUCGCAAGAUAAUGGAGUAUGAAAACCGCAUGCGCCAAUACUCCACACCUGAUAAAGUUUUCCGCUAUUUUGCAACCUUGCAAGUGGUGCAUCCAUCAGGUGAAAGUCACGAGGUUUACAUGACACCAGAUGAUUUCUUGAGAUCAAUGACACCAGGUGUUAAACAACCAGAUGGCCUUGGAUUGGACCAGUACAAACGCUAUGACCCUAAGAAUGUUCACACAAAGUUGGAACUUGCAUUGGAUGAAGAUAGCAUCUUUUAUAAAUUGGGCAGUGCAGGGCUGAUCUCCUUCUCAGACUACAUUUUCCUGCUCACGGUCCUGUCCACGUCGCGGCGCCACUUCGAAAUCGCCUUCCGGAUGUUCGACCUGAACGGCGACGGCGACGUGGACUCGGAGGAGUUCGAGAAGGUGGCCACGCUCAUCCGCCAGCAAACGAGCAUCGGCAGCCGCCACCGCGACCACGCCAACACCGGCAACACCUUCAAGGGGGUGAAUUCUGCUCUUACGACAUACUUUUUCGGACCAAAUAUGGAUGAGAAGUUGACCAUUGAAAAGUUCCUGGAAUUUCAGCAGCAACUGCAAAGGGAAAUUCUUAGCCUUGAGUUCUUACGCAAAGGCCCUGAUGAAAAUGGUAAUAUCUCUGAAGCAGAUUUCACCGAAUUGUUGCUGGCAUAUGCUGGCUACCCACAAAAGAAGAAAACGAAAAUGUUAAGACGUGUGAAGAAGAAGUUCAAGGAAAAUGCUCGUGGAAUAAGUCGGGAAGAUUACUUGAAAUUUUUUCAUUUCUUAAACAACAUUAAUGAUGUUGAUACAGCUCUUACUUUUUAUCACAUUGCUGGAGCUUCAAUUGAUCAAGAGGAUGGACAACUGAGCAAUCGUGAGUUUGUUGCAGUCAUGAAAAAUAGACUCCUGCGAGGUUUGGAAAAACCUAAAGACACUGGAUUUGUGAAACUUAUUCAAUCUGUGGUGAAGUGUGCUAAGGAAACAAAGCCAGCUUUGCUUGAUAUAUGAAAUUCUCCUGUAAAUCAUAAGAAAUGCAGGCAAUACAGAGAAUCCUGAUUGGCUGUCCAUAAACCGAUCUGUUGUUAGUUAAACGUUCUACCUCUAGUAAUGCAGUGGCAUUCUUGUCCUAAUUGACUCCAUGCUUAUUGGUAAUACCUAAACAUUUUUCUUCUGUGCAAAGCAUAAUUACUUAUGCAUUUCCAAGCAGUUUGUGCCAAUGUAUUUGAUGGAUGCUUGGUUUGUAUCUACAUCAUGAUGUACUUAAAAAGCGAGAUCCUUUGGUGCUUUAAGUGUCUCCAGAAAUUGAUUGAUAGAGAUUAUUCUUCAUACUUCCUCUCUGUAUGCCAAGAUUUGUAUUUUUCUAGUUCGCUCUUCUUGCAGAUUCAUUAAUUCUACUACCUUUCCCAAUUUAGAUCUUAUCAUUUUAAAUUCUUUUGAUUUGUCUUCCUGCUAACUGAAGGCUUUGUGUACUUAUAAACAAAGAAUUUGAAAUUUAAAUAUAGACAAGCAGAAAUAUUUGUAAACUAAGCAAAGUUGAAUGUGUGAGUGGGUGUUUGUUGUGAGAAUAACAAGUUAUUUCCUAAACAUAACAUUCAUUGUUUUUCUGAGGAUUGAAUCAUUAUUUAUUUUCAUCCUAUGCAUGUAAAACAUUGCACAUCAUAAUAAGAAUAAUAUGUAUAUUAAUUUACAUAAAUUCAGUUUUGUAGAAAAUUAUUUAAUGUAGCAUUAAAUUGUGUGAGUGCUCAUUAUGUAUUUAAAAAUUUCACCUGCUAAAUAUCCUAUAUAAUUCCCUUUUCCUCUGAUUGUUCAAAUUCUAGUUAGGGCUUAUUAUUCAAUUAUUAACUUAGGCUCCAUUUUAUGCAGGAUUACAAUAUAAACUACAAGUAAAUGUAGUUAAAAACUAUGUUAAGAAGCUUAUUGAAAAUAUUAGCCGAGUUUCUGAGAAUGAUAUAGAUCUAAUCCUUGGCUUGCCAAACUAAGUUUGUCUUUGUACAAUCUUGGCUUCAACAUCAAAAUCAAAUAAUAAACUAUGAUAAUCAUGUUCAUAGUUUGGUG